GUGGCCGCUGGCUGGAGUUAAAGAGACAAAAGCGCUUUGUGUGCUUCAGAGCAGAAACGAGCCGAAAAGGGUUUAAAAAUGAAGAUUUCGGUCUGACGGCGGACGAACUGCCUCGCCGGGGUUAACAUGUCCUGAUCUGCUGAAUCUGCUCUGAUGUGAAGUCGGUGCUGUGAGACUCGGAGCUGCAGCUGCUUUAGUGUCUCUCCUGAAUAUUUACUGUGAUGUUCUGCUGUUUUUCAGCUCAUUGAGGCGAGCAGGGAUGUGUCAUGUUUCAUGUCCGUUGUGUGUGUGGAUGGAUAUCCAGGCGUGCGGCGGCUCUGGCUGUUUGCUGAUCCUCUGCAGUGUGAAUCUGCCUCUGCUGUUUGGGUCGACAUGAAUGUCCUUCAGUCCACGUUCAUCCUGUAACUCCACCUGCUGCAGCUAACCGUCAGACAGAAUGGACGAGACCGAACCGUUCAGGCCCAAAGUUCUUCCAGAAGAUUCUGCAUCACUCAGCACUAGCGUCGUUGAUGGCCUCAAGAUCGAAGAUGACCAGUACUCGGCUCUGAGAGAGGAUCUGGAAGCUGAUGCUCGGGACUUUGAGUCUCCAACGUGGACUUUAACUGUAGAUCAGCAGUACGUAAAGGCUUUUACCAAAGAGGCCAAGAGGCAAGAUGUCAUUCAUGAGUUGAUCCAGACGGAAAUUAACCACAUGCGGACACUGAGGGUGAUGUCGGGUGUCUAUUUCCGUGAAGUACGGGAUUCUUUGCCAAAGGACGAGGUUCAGCUGGAUCGUCUAUUCCCGUGCCUGGACCACCUGCUGAAGGAACACCAGAACUUCUUGAACCGACUCAAGCAGCAACGCAAGCAGUACCUGGAACCGGGGAGCCAGCAGAACUACUGUAUAAGCAGGAUAGGAGACGUCCUCAGGACCCAGUUCUCAGGCGAGCUGAGGAGCCGACUGCUGGACGGGUACGGUGUCUUCUGCAGCUGCCACACAGACGCAGUGAACUACUACAAAGAGCUGCAGCAGAACAACAAGAAGUUCCAGAACUUAAUGCGGAAACUCGGUCAGUUGGCCAUCGUGAGAAGGUUAGGAGUGCCGGAGGGGAUCCUCCUCAUAACACAGCGCAUCACCAAAUAUCCAGUCCUGGUGGAGAGGCUCAUUAAGAACACUGAAGCUGGUACGGAGGAGUACGAGGAUCUGGUGGCUGCUCUGGAGUGCAUUAAGGAGACCAUAUCUCAGGUGGAUGAGCAGGUGCACCAAUACGAGAAGCUCCGUGAGCUUGUCUUCCGUCUGGACCCCAAAACGCAGGCCAGGAUGGGGAACGGUCAGGUUAUACGCAGAGAGGACCUGAUUCAGCACGGCAGGAGCGUGCUGCGCGAAGGCCUGCUGAGCUGGAGGGCAUCAAACAGGGCCAAAGUUUCAGAUGUUCUUGUGGUGCUGCUGUCAGAUUCGCUGCUGCUGCUACAGGAGAAAGACCAGAAACUGAUUUUUGCCUCUCUGGAUGGAAAGCCUGCAGUUCUCUCUCUGCAGAGGCUGAUCGUGAGGGAGUCGGCUCAGAGCGAGAAGAUGAUGUAUCUGAUCUCCACGUCCGACGAAAAAGCCGACAUGUACGAGUUCCACGCCUUGUCUGAAGUAGAGCGCAAAAGCUGGAAAGACCAGAUCUGGCAGGCCAUCGAGUGGUUUUCGCUUGUGGCUGAGGAGGAUGACGCCGAUGGUGUGGAUCAGGAGGAUGGUUACUCAGAGAAGCUCCAGGUCUAUCAUGGUGAGCUGUGUGUGAAGGAUGCCCAGAUUGCAGAGCUGCUGCAGCAGAAGCUGAAACUCUUCAGUGAAUUCGCGGAGGUGACGGACGGUUCAGCUCUGCCCAAACGCCUGCUGCUGACCGGCAGCACCACUCAGCUCCAGCAGGGGGAGCAGCUGCUCCUCAGCGCUAUUGCAGAUGCGGAGGGGUUACAGAACCUGCUGCUGGCCAGUGAGAGUGACUUUCCAUCUGUAGACAUGAGGCUGCCGUCCAGAUCAAACACCAUCGCAGGCUUCACUAAAAGUGGUGGUGGGUAUCAGGACGGUUUUAGGAACAGGAACCAGAGACCCAACUCUGAUCCACACCUCAGGGAGCUCUACCUCGACAGCCUGGAGCUGUCUGCUGAUGGUGAGUUAUGGAGUUCUCCUCAACAAGCCCACCUCUCCAGACACCAGCUCGCUGAAAGGGUGGCGAGACUGACGCAGAAGCUCUACAGCCUUCAGGCCGUGGUGGCUCAGCAGGACAGCGAAGUGGAGCUGAACCGUGCUGCGCUGGCCGAGCGUCCGACUCGUUACCGCGUUAACGGUCUACUGCUGCAGGAGAAGCAGCGCCACCUGGAGAAGCAGCGCGAGGAGCUACAGCAGCUGCAGAGGGUCUACAACCAGCAGAAGCAGGAGCAGGAUCAGUGGGAGCAGGAGCACCAGCGCCACCUGCAGGAGAGGGAGGUGCUGUCGCAGGAGCUCAAGCAGAGGCAGGAGGAGUGCCAGCGGGAGGAGGCGCGAUUGGCUGCCGAGCGCGAUACCUUGGCCCGCAGCAGGGAUGAGUACCAGCAGGACCUGGAGCGGCUCCGGGACGCUCACCGCGAUGUGGAGAAGAAGAGAGAAGAGCUGGAGCAGAAGGAGCAGAAGGGGCAGCAGCUGAACAAGUACAAAAAAACGAACAACAGAGCCUCCUUCUACCAGAGCCCCACUCAGAAUUUUCCCCACCAGCGUGUCCCUGUGUCCUCGGUGGACGACAUGUACCUCAUCCCUAAACAUUACGUCGGUCCCACCCGGCCCCUGACCAGCUUAGAUGAGCGCCCCCCGCAGGUGCCCCCUCGCAAAGAGAGCAUCGCCAUCUCCCCGGUCAAAAAGGACGUUCCCAUCCAGCUGGUCAGCACCACCAACCAGGCGCUCAAACCCGGCUCAGUCCAGCAGCAGAUCCCCACCAAACUGGCCAUGAGUAAGGGCAAGGAUAAAGAGAAGGGCAAGAGCAAGAACACCCACCAUCGCACCAACAGUGCAGCGUCUAUAGAAGUGUCUGCUGUGGUUCCCAUUAAAGGAAAAGAGGGAGGCAGCAUGAGAGAAACACGGUCCCCCUCCCGCCAACCGCUCACUACAGAUAUGUACACCCCUCCAGAGCAGGUCUUGAACACGAAGCCCCCGUUACACUCAGCCAAGACUCACAGCAGCCGAAAGCAGAGCCACGCCUCCGCUGCAAACCGGCCGGCCAGUCACAAAGUGAAGGACAACGGCAACAAGGAUGACAUCUUCUACCUCUGAUCCUCUGCUGCAGCGCUAAGACUGCACCACACGUCCUCUGCUCAGCGGAACAGGCAGGAAAAGAAGAAGAGAGAUUUUUAGUGUUUUUACAGACUGAUUUUAAUCUGCUCUGUUGAACUCCUGGAGUCCAGUGCAGACGGACUGUGGACGCCUUUAAUCUCCUCAGAGAAGGAGUUUCUGCUGUUUCUCAAAGGCUCAGUUACAGCUUAGCUUGACCAGCUGUGUUAUUUAUAAUAGUAAAAAAAACAACGUACAGUUAGUUACACGAUUCAUCUUGAUCCAAAAGCAAUAAUCAUCUGUCCAGCUUCGGAUUUCUGUCCAAUCAGAGUGCCAUUCUUGUACAUAGCUGUAUAGUUUGUGAAUAGUGUCAUUGUAUUCAGGAACACGUCGCUGAGAAACGGUGUUCCUUAGUAAGAGUUAAUGAAAGUGAAUUGGAGGUUUUUAGGUGACGUUUUACUCUCUUAUCAGGGAAAGUUCACUGCCUUGCUUUGAAAUUCUGAUCUUCUGAAGCAAACGUGCUGUUUGAAGUUUGUACAUUUUGCUGAGAUUAUGUAAAUGAAGACUCGCUGUCAGAAGAGAAUGUUGGUUUCUUUGGGUGAAUGAAGAAAAACUGCUGCUUCGCUCUGCAACUCUGUGAUAAGCGGCUCUUUUCAGGACUUUUUUAGAUUAUUUUAAUCACUGAUCUUUCUGAUCUGAUUGAAGUCCUUCAGUUUUGUACAGGAAUGUCUUUUUUUUCAAUUCUGUGGAAAAAAAAAUGACCCUCGAUGGUGAAAACCAUAAACCACAGCCCUGCUUGUGAUUCUGUGGUCAGGAAUUAAAAAGGGAGAAAUCAUAAAUCAUUCAUGUGCACUUCUGUCUCUGCAGCUUAAAAACAGCAGAACUGUCUUUUAUAGAGGAACAAAACCUUGUAUCUCCAAAAUGGUAACUUCACAG